UGGCGCUAGCGUAAUUAAAAUUGAGAGGAUGAGCUCGCUGAAAUGGCGUCCUAAGUUACCAUCAUGACAACGAAAUGUACCACUCUGCCCCCUUCUGGGUCAAAGAAACCACCAACUGGACAUACUCCUCAACUCGCUACUUCUGGAAAACAACUUGGGAAUGCACAACUCCUAUUUGAACCUUCUCCUCCUAAACUAGAGAAAACCAACAAAAACCGUUCCCCCAGCCCAAACAUCAGACGCAGAACGCAGAGUGCCAAGACAUCUCAUACCAAGUCUUCAAGGUCGUUGCUUGUUUCUUCCAGUGGAAACGCAGAGAGGAGGCCCGUAUCGGCAGUUGUUCCUGGAGAAAAGCAAUACUUUCGGACAUCUAAGUCUAAAGAGGAGGGAGUACAUUUUGUAAACAAUGCCAAUAAUAGACCUAGUCACGUCCCUGUGCCAACUCAGUUCUUGGCGUUUGAGGAAACAGAUUCAUGUCCUCACCAUUCUUCAUUAACGGAACCUCCCCAUAGGCAUGUACCGAGAACUUAUCAUGGUAUGGUAGAUUUCAAAGGUCAUGGACAUGAAGAUACUGCAGGCCAUCAUGAAAGUGUGCCUGGAAAGAACUCAAGAAGAAUGUUUUCAGAUGAUGGUUUAGCGAGUGAAGAGAAUAGGAACAGUUUGCCUCAGGGUAUUUCAGCCCUUUCACCAUGGAUUACACCUGGUCUGCCAACUGAGUGGAUAGGGGUAGAUGACGAAAGCUGUUCGGUGUUCUUGCCUUCAUUGCUGGGCGAAACUGAAGCCUUGCCUGUCGUACCUCCACCUGCAAAAUCAUCAGAAGUCAUGCCACAUAAGCCACCUCCUCCUCAGCCAAAACCAUUUGAUCCAAGAAAGUUAUUCCAUUAUGAUGUGGAAAAGAACCUCCCUUCGUUCAUGAAAGACGUUGAUGGACCCCGGCCUAAAAGUCGCCCAGGUACCUCCAAAGAUGGCAGGAUAUACUCGCUGAAUGGACAGCUGCUGCAUGAUCAAUGUAAAUAUUCUAGGAACAGAACGGCGUUGAUGAUCAAGCAGGAAAUUGAAGAUCUGGAGCUACUUCUUGAAGGUGUUGGACGUAAAGGAAGUGCCAAUCCAGUCGUGCAGUAUCAGUAUGAGAUCAGUAUGCUGAAAAAGGCGGUGUCAGACACCAUUAUCCAGUGCCAUCUAAUGAGGAGACCCAAGCCAAAAGAGGAAGAACCACCAGAUUUAACCGGAUUACGGCAGUACAUAAGAGAGCGGGAACGUGUGCUUGCUAAGAUCAAAGCAAGGAGGGAAGCUUGUCUGAUAGAGCUGGCAAAACUUGAAAACUCCCUCGGUCUCGGAGAUCAGGCCAACCAGAGUGUAGACUGAGCUAAUAAAUCUUCAUCAUUUACAUGUAGGAGGGAUUCACAUUGACUUGUUUGUUCUUACCAAUCAGAUGCAAGGAAUUGAGGUGACUUGUAACAAUAGUCAGUGAGAAUCUUUUGAAAGAUCUCUAGAUCUCAGAGACCAGGUGGGUGUUUCAUAAACCUGUUUGUAAGUUAUGAGCGACGUAACGUAUGACUGGUGACCCCUUUUAGAGAAGCAAAAUUAGCACCAGUGGUAAUUUGGGCUGUGUCACUUACCAUAAGAAAGGGUCUCCAUUCGUUUUUAAGGUUAUGCGUAACUUACGCAUAGCUCAAUGAAAUGGCCUUCAGCCAGUAAGAGUGCAACACUACGCCUCUAAAUCAUCAUCUGGAGAGUGUGUCAUGAAGCAAAUAGUCUGGGAUUUAUAAUGACUCAUUUGCUUUGAGCCAAUCAGAUGCAGAGAUUUGCAAUACACAUAGCUUUAAUAGUCUGUAAAAAUCACGCAAAAACUAUGUAUGUCCAAUACCCCUUUCAUAGUGAGAGCCGAAGUGGAGUUAGUCCGGAGUCCAGGAGGAGUUACUCCACUUUGG